AUGUCGUCAACUCCAGAGGUACAACACUCCGCCGAAAGCAUAAUUGCCGAAAGUAUAGAACCAUCUCCAUUAGCAACGCCUGUCUUUUCUUCGAGUGCCCAUCUAAACCCGGAAGACGCGAAGCCAGAACAUCCACAUGAGAAUAUCCAGCCGGGUCCACAAACAAUUCUGGAAGAUGAGUCUAGUAAAACAGGGGAUCCGGAGAAAUCAGGCGCGACUACCCAGUCUGCGCCAGCUAAAGCCCCAGGUGCACCCCCAGAUGGUGGCUUCAAGGCAUGGAUGGUAGUGCUCGGUGCUUUCUGUGGGUUGUUCGUCAGUUUCGGGUGGAUAAAUUGUGAGUAUAUUGUGGGCUUUGUACCCUUAGAUGUUGUUUGGGCCUUGAGCUCGAUUUGGAUUAUGCUGACGGCAGGGUUUGCAGGUAUCGGUGUCUUCUUGGACUACUAUAAAACCCAUCAGCUACAGGACUUGCCAACCAGUACAGGUCCCAUCGUAGGAGUGUUCUUCGACAACUUCGGUCCCCGCUGGAUUCUGAUUGCUGGCACAUUCUUCCACGUCUUCGGGCUGAUGAUGGUAUCCAUCUCAAAAGAAUACUACCAAUUCAUUCUCGCACAAGGUGUCUGCAGCCCCAUCGGGACAAGUGCCAUCUUCCACGGCUGCCUCACCUCCGUGAGUACCUGGUUUGGGCGGCGUCGUGCCCUGGCCCUAGGUGUGACAACCUGCGGCUCCAGCGUCGGAGGUGUAAUAUUCCCUAUCAUGGUGGCUCGACUCAUCCCCAUAGUAGGAUUUGGCUGGACAAUGCGGAUCUGUGGAUUCCUCGGUCUAGGGCUGCUGAUUAUUGCCAACAUCACGGUCCAAUCGAGACUACAACACCAGCGGAAACCAUUUCGACCACUGGAUUUUGUUCGUCCCCUCCGCGAGCUGCCUUUCCUGCUUACCACAGCCGGGACCUUUUUUGUAUACUGGGGCUUGUUCCUGCCGUUCGCGUUCAUCCCAACUCAAGCCGAACGGUACGGCAUGUCGGCCUAUCUGGCAUCGUACUUGAUCCCGAUUUUGAACGCAGCCAGUAUCCUCGGCCGUCUUGUCCCGCCCUAUCUGGCGGAUCUUUUCGGCAGGUUCAACCUAAUGAUCCUAACAUCCCUGUUCUCAGUCAUUAUCGUUCUCGCGCUUUGGCUUCCGUCGCGAAGCAACGCCCCUGCCAUCGUGUUUACUUCUCUGUACGGUUUCAGCUCAGGUGCUGCCGUCUCCCUGGCGCCAGCGCUGGUCGCUCAGAUCUCGGACAUACGCGAGAUUGGCGUUCGUAGUGGGACUUAUUUCUGCAUUGUAUCUUUUGCGGCUUUGACGGGCAUGCCAAUCGCGGGUGCUCUAUUGCCUGAUCCCUUACAUGGGUCGUACUUGAAGUUGGAGAUUUUCUGUGGUGUGGUAAUGUUCGGUGGAGUUUUGUUUUAUCUCUGGGCUAGGGGAAGAAUUAGCGGUUGGGGACUUAUGCAUAAAGUCUAAGGAUUUA